AUGUCGCCAGCGAUGGAUGAGACAGCCGGGGAUCUCCCAGUCAGAGAUGUGGGGCUGAUGAGGGGGGGACUGAUGCCAACUGUCCCAGAUACUCUACGUGAUGUGAAGGCAUUGCAGAAGCAGCAUGUCAUGAAGACGAAAGAUCCUCAGCGCCUGUUUCGGUUUCCCAGAGGGCACCUGGAGGACCUGUGUCUCAGACUGCAAGAGGAAAACAGUGUGCUAAAACAGCACACGCGUACACAGGAGCAGAGGCUACGCAGGAUGUCCACCAGACUGAUGCGUCUUCGUCAGGCCCGUCCUGGGUCCACUGGAGUGAAGGACAGGGACAUGGAGGACACCAUUCAGGAGCUGGAAGCCCGUGUGGCGAUGCUGGAGAGCCAGAAAGGUGUGCUACAAAAUAAACUCAGCCUGGCCAAGCAGCACAUUAUGGACCUCGGGGGACGCACGCCAUACAAGUUCAGUAAAGGUAAAAGUAUGGAAGUGGAGGGCGGGGUCAGGAGGGCAGCCCAGACUGCCCCGCCACGCUAUGGCCCCACGUUGGAAGACACCAGGGCAGAGAUGGAGAGAUUGUCCAGUAUGACUGAGGAGGUGAGGGUUGCGGAGCUGGAGCUGACUGUCCAGGCGCUCAGAGACACCCUGAGAGAGAGAGAGAAAGCGAUGGAGGGAAGUGUGAAAGACAUAAGGAAGCAGCAGUCUGACAGACACAGAAUAACUAUUAGAGAGAACGUGGAUCUGAUCCGUCUACAGAAGCAGCUUUCAGACAAGAGCACCGCCCUGAGAGUCACCCAGGAGAAGUUUAACAACCUGCAAGAGGCCUAUGAGAAUCAGCUGGAGGAGAGUCAGAGGUCACUGAGGGAAAGCCAGGGAGCUCUGCUGGAGAAAGUCGAGGAGCUGACUGAACAGCUGAAGCAGGAGAGACAGAGAGCACUGGCACUGGAGGGACAACUUACCACAUCCACCAUGUCUCUACAGACCCUGGACAAGCUACAAGAGAGGAUAUCAGACCUGGAGGGAGAGAGAGAUCUAAUAAAAGAAAACUAUGACACUCUACUAGAGAGUACUUUAUCUGUGCAAAGCAACCACGAUGGCCGGGUGGAAAAACAAAGAGAGGAAGCAGAGCAGAAGAGGGAGAAACCGGGAGAAAACAUCUGCAGGACGGACAUCCAGAGACUGGAGGACGUGCUGCAGGCAGAGAGGGAAGAGAGAGGCAGGCUUGAGCUGGAGAUGGAGAAACUGAGACGGGAGAGGGACAUAUUAGAGGAGCAGAGGGAGCGAGAAAGAGAGUUUUCCAUGAUGACAAGGGAGAAACGAGAGCACCUGGAACGGGAGGUUGUCCAGUACAGAGAGCAGGUUUCUUCUCUGCAGGACCGACUGGACUCUGUCACCAAGGAGUUUGACAUGAGUAUUGAGGAGCUCAGUGAAACUCUUUUGCAGAUCAAGGCAUUCAGGAUGCAGCAGGAGAGCAGGGUUGGGCUGCAUUUCCUCUGGGCUGAUGGGAAGGUGGAGGAUUCGCCCCGCGAGCUGGUAAACAUCCAGGCGUCGCAUGCCGAGACUGUGCUGGAAUUACAGAAAACCAGAAACCUUCUGCUGCUGGAGCACCGUAUCAGUAAAGACCUGCAGGAAGAGUUGAACACAGUCAACCAGAGGAUGGAGAGAGAGAGAGAGGACAGCAGGAGGAGGAUGGUUGAGAAAGACAAACUUUUAUCAAAAAGAGCGCUUCAGAUCAAUACUUUACAAGCCCAGUUGAAAGAGUUAGCAUACAGCCCCAGGAACUACAAACGGACCAUACCAAUACAGUAUACCUGGCCAGCUGGAGACGAGGAGAUGGUACAGCCCAUUGAGGACGACAUGUCUUUUUCACAGCUGAGGGCUGGCGAGUCCCUUUUGGAGAUCCACCUUAAGGCCGCCACUUUCACCCCAGCAGGGCUUCGUACUAUGGGCAGCAUCCGUCCAGGUGUGGACAGGGGUGAAGACAUUGUGACCUUCUGCACCUACAGCCUCUUGGACUUUGAGGUGCACUCCACUCCUCUGGUGUCAGGCAGCCAACCCAACUACGGCUUCACGUCCCGCUACGCUCUAACAGCCCGAGAUCUGGGCAGGCUGGGAGGUCAGGGGUCAAGGGUCAGAGUUGAGCUCCACCAGGCGUUAGGAGGAGUCAGGUUUGUGACACACGGCAGUGGGCAGAUGUCCCUCAUAGGUGCCAUGGAAAGGAGAGGAGAGCGAAUUGGGGCCCAUGUCAAUAUCACAGGCUCCGAGGGUGAAAUUGUUGGUGUUGUGGAUUUCUGGGCACGCCUGUUUAAUCCAGCAGAGCCCAUAGGCCCUGUGGUAGAGAGAGGAGCUGACAGGAGAUCAGCGACACAGAGGAGACCUGUGCAGAUCCCUCUUGGCUGGCAAGAUGCAGGUCAUGAGGUAAGAUCACAUGACUACGGUGGGGGGAUCCCCAAUGAGUUGGUGGUUAUGUUGGAAAGCUGCGUGGGCCUUAAUGCUCGCUGGCCUGGACUUCUUCCUGAUGCCUACCUGACAUACCGGUUCUAUGACCUGCCUCCUCACGUGUCUCAAACAGUCCAGUACAGCGCUGACCCGGUGUUCAAUGAUACCACCAGCUACCCAUUAGCAGUAACAGCUGAUGUGUUGCAUUACCUGAGGUCCAGCAGUUUGUGGGUGUAUGUGUUUGAUGACAGCGAUGACCAGAUACCUCCUGCCUAUUUGGCCAAGACCCCCAUCCCGCUGCGAGCCCUGGCUACAGGCAGAGAGAUCAGAGGUGACUAUGUUCUGAGGGAUCCAGCAGGCGGACCCCGGGGCAUGGUCAAGGUCAUGAUAAAAUGGAAGUACCCCUUCCAACAAUCGGUGGACAUCGUGCUGGAUGGACAGGGAAGACAGGACAGAGCAAUGGAAAGCACUGAGAGGGAGGAGAGGAGGAGAGAGGCGGCUGAAGUGUCGCAGAGGCCCAUAGCCAAGCCCAGAUUGAAGACUCAGCAACUUGAACCAAGAGAAAACAAAGCAGUCCAGAAAGAGACUAAAGCAAUGCCUCAGCCUCCAUCUGUCAAACAGAAAAGCUCACAGAACAUACGACCAGAGCAACCCAUCUCUGUGAGACCGCCGGCCGCUCGCCAGUCCACAGCCAGGAAGAGAUCCACCAAGAGGCCACCUGACCUUUUUUACCAGCGCACACCCCAUCGGACACCUGAGCCGAGACUGAUCACGCCCGCACAAUUGCCAACAAGCAAAUCUUCAGAGGGAACGUCUUCCAGACAAUCACCUGUUACACCACUGUCGAGGAGAAGCUCUGCCAGUGAUGCCAGGACUCAGGAUCUUCCCUCUGUCAGUCCAGUGUCAAUGGAUCAAAAGGAGGAGGAAGAGGAGAGGAGUGAGAGCGUUGCUGCAGGAGACAGUGAGGCCCCAGAGUCCUCAGAGUCAAGUUCCUCACAAAGCGACAUUAUCAUCAUUCCACCAAAACGAAAAAUGAGGAAGGGAGACAAGCUGAGGGUGGAGAUUCUGUCCCUGACAUUUGAACCGUCCUCACACAUUGCACUGGACGAGUCAGUGCAGCGUGUUUAUGUAGAAUAUCGGCUGCUGGGCGUCCCCAUGGAGACGACAGAAACACCCAUGUCCCUCCGCAAACCCAUCGAGGGGGAGGAGAUUCACUACAACUUCACACGAGUAAUUUAUGUCGAUGGUUCACAGUCAGCUCCACUCAGACAGUAUCUUUACACCAUGUUGGAGGGCGCCGACCCCAACCAGGGCAGGUUAAAGUUCACAGUGGUCAGUGAGCCGAUGGACGAUGAUGAGGAGUGUGUGGACGUUGGACAUGCUUUUCUGGACCUACAGGAACUGCUCCUCACAGGAAAUGAUGUCAUCGACCAACAAAUUGACAUACUGAGUGUGGAUGAAGACAAGGAGGUGAUUGGAAAUCUGAAAGUGUCUUUGGAAGCAGCGAAGGCUCUGACUGGGAUAUACCAGGAGUUUCACCAGAAAAGCGAGACCGAGAAAGCAGACGAGACAGAUAAAGAAGAAGAGGAGGAGGAGGAGGAGGAGGAGGAGGAGGAGCAGGAGGGGAAGGAACAAGAGGAGCAGCAAGAGGAAGAGAAGAAAAAAGAUCAGAUACACGUGACAGAUCAUGAUGAUGACAGUGACUUCUACUGAAAGCAAUUAUUAUGAGAUAAACAGAGAGGUUGUGUUAUGUAUGAAACAGUUUUAAGAACACGGAGGAGCCAUUAUUUCCCUGUUUGUAGCUUCUUCCAAAAAGCAAUGAAAUAAAGAAUCAUUUUUG